GGAGGUUGGGCUGGUGCAUUUAGGAUGAAGAAAAUCCAGAGCAUGGACAAGGUUAUGGGGUCCAGUCCAGGAUGCUGUGUGGCUCAGCAUCCUAAACCUGGAAGCUCCUCUUACACCACUCGCUCUUGCCACGUCCAGGGCAGUGCCUAUCAGCCCUAUGCAGGACCUGGCCCAGGGUAUCUCACUCACCUGCACACAGCUUCCCCGUGCAGCCUGACUGUUUGACUCUCAAACAUGAACGUCCCAAGUGAAAGGCAGGCCCAGGACAUGUAGGGGCGGCCCACCAGAACCAGGACCAAAGUUUAGAGCCUGCUUGUCUGGCCCCUGUGCCAGGCUUCAGACUCCAGACAGAUGAGCAGAAGAGCACAAAUGAAGAUGUGUGAGGAUUUCCGGGGCGGGCAGAUGGGGGGGCAGUUAGUGAGGAAGUUGUGCCCGGGAGAUAAAGGAGUUUGGACUUGAACAGGGGAUGGACGAUCUCUGAGAGGAGGAGGAGGAGGCAAGGCGCCCGAGAGAAUGGUGCGGUAGGAAUGGGACAGAGGUGAGGCCAAGACCCAGAGGUGGACCCCGGGUUAGUGGGGGGUCAGUCAGAUAUUCAGCAUGGGGCCUUUGCUGGAGACCUCAGUUUGUAGUCUGUCAGGCCUUAGGUCCAGGAGUGCACCUCCUGGCCCGUGGCCUACACAAGGCGCACCCUCGGCAUCCCUAGACUCUAAUGUGGCUUCCUAGCUGGACCCCUUACCCUUACCGUAGGCCGUGGGGAUCAGUAGGGCUUGUUCGGACUUCCUAAGCAGAAGCAGUUAGAUAGCUCUUCCCGGCCUUUGAGGGAAAGGGGGCGGCAGUUCCUCUGUGAGCACAGGCCCCUGACACUGGCACCGAGCUGAUCACAAGUGUCACUUUCAUCUUGCAGUCCCACAGAGUCAUUGACCUUGCAGGACAGAGCUCCGUACGUGGGCCUGGGUGAAUAUCCCUGGAGCUGCCGUCUCAGGCCUUUCUUGGCCAGGACAAAGCAGCCCAUGGCACACGUGCAGAGGGUAGUGCUGACCUCUGCGUGGGUGCUUACCAGGGCCAGGCCCAUGUGGGCUCUCUCCCUGCCCAGCCUGGCUAGCGUGGGCUGGACUAUUGGACACUGUCAAGGUCGCUGCUGAGGGAUAGUGAGCCUCUCUGGCAGGCUGGCAGAGGGAGGUCCCGGCAGAUACACAGUGCGCGCUGAGGAGAACCUGACCAGAGGAAUGAACAGAAGACACUGGCGGCCUCCGGACUGACAUUGUUUGCUCUGGCCCUCCGCCAAGGGGCUGUCAGGGACCCACUGUGGUGCUUCCUGGAAAGCUGCUGUCUGAGUGGACCUCCGCAGGAGAGAGCCUUGGUGGGCAGGGAAGAGAGAGGACAGACUCGACUGGGGCCCAACCAUGGUCGUCACUCAGCUCAGCCUUGAGUUCCGCUUUCAGGGCAAGAAACUUCGAGGCUUCAGCUGUGAGCUCACCCGCUCCCCUCAUGGUGUCCUCCCUGAGUCCGUCCUCACCACCACAUGCCAGAUCGCCAUACCCAUCCUGUUGUCUGGCCUGGGCAUGAUGACGGCUGGCUUGGUGAUGAACACUGUCCAACACUGGCCAGUGUUCCAGGAGGUUAAAGACCUGCUGACGCUGGUGCCGCCCCUGGUGGGUCUGAAGGGAAACCUGGAGAUGACCCUGGCGUCCCGACUCUCUACGUCUGCCAAUACCGGACAAAUCGAUGACCGCCAGGAGAGGUACAAAAUCAUCAGCAGCAACCUCGCUGUGGUUCAGGUGCAGGCCACUGUCGUGGGGCUCCUGGCUGCACUGGCCUCUCUGCUCCUUGGUGCGGUGUCCCGAGAGGAGUUGAAUUGGGCUAAGGUGGCACUGAUGUGCACAAGCAGCGUCAUCACUGCCUUCCUUGCCGCCUUGGCCCUAGGAAUUCUAAUGAUCUGCAUAGUGGUUGGUGCCCGGAAGUUCGGGGUCAACCCUGAUAACAUUGCCACGCCCAUUGCAGCCAGCCUGGGAGACCUCAUCACACUAUCCAUUCUGGCGCUGAUAAGCAGCUUCUUCUACAGGCACAGAGACACAUGGUAUCUGAUGCCACUGGUCUGUGUCGGCUUCAUGGCUCUCACCCCUCUGUGGAUCUUCAUUGCCAAGCAGAACCCACCCAUCAUGAAGAUCCUGAAGUAUGGGUGGUUCCCCAUCAUCCUGGCUAUGGUCAUCAGCAGUUUCGGAGGCCUCAUCUUAAGCAGAACUGUCUCUAAGCAUCAGUUUAAAGGCAUGGCUGUCCUGACUCCCGUCAUCUGUGGUGUCGGUGGCAACCUGGUGGCCAUUCAGACCAAGCCGCAUCUUACCUUCCUGACAUGUGAGCACACCUGGCGUCCUCCCCGUCCAAUGAUUGAAAGAUUCUGGCCUAACCCAUGCCUCACUUUCUGCUCUUCAGAAAUCAACUCUGUGUCAGCUCGAGUCCUGCUCUUUCUGGUGGUCCCGGGACAUCUGGUUUUUCUUCUACUUAUCUGCCUGGUGGAAGGCCAGGCAAUGACAAGCAGCAAAACCUUCGUGUUGCUGUACCUGGUGGCAGGCAUGAUCCAGGUGGUAAUCCUGCUGUACCUGGCAGAAGUGAUGGUUCGGCUGACCUGGCACCAAGCCCUGGAUCCUGACAACCACUGUAUCCCCUAUCUCACGGGACUGGGGGAACCUGCUGGGACCAGCCUCCUGGCACGUGCUUUCCUCCUGGACUGGUUAUUAAGGGGCAGAGCUGAUCUUGCAGAGCUGGUUUCAGAGCUGGUUUCUGUACCCCCCUGACAUGAGGGCUGCCACCUGCAGGUCUCCGUGGGACCUUCCCCGUGUCUACAGUGUCCAGCAGGGCUGUGUUCUUCCUGCUGGGGCCCUCAAGCGCUAGAUAAUCUGCCGGGCAGUGGCCUCACCGGUCUGCCAAGGAGACGAGCAGACACCUUGAUUCUGAAGUUGGUAGCUGAGCCCGAGGUGGAGCCUUGACAUCAGGAGCUCUGCUUGCAAGUGUGAGUGAGUAUGUGUGCCUGGCAUGUGUGUGCACACGUG